AUGGCACUGUACCACUUCUUAAUGGUGAAGCAUGUGGUGGUUUGUUUUGUGGAAAGGGUGCAUCAUCGAGGGUGGUGCCUGUUGCCGGGCCACUCUCAUUGUAUCAUUGUGCUGAAGUGGGACGAAAACCGGCGACACUCCUGCAACAAAACCGCUCGCCGGAUUGCAGAUUUCAGCAACGCUGCGAACGGGUACCGGUGUCUGCUGCUAUUGUCACACGUUUCGGCACAUGUCGCCAGGUUCUUUCAGAACGUCUACAGGCCGGAGAUGUACCAAAACGUCACCCACCAGUCGUGCAAGGAUUGCAAGGAUACCCGCAGACUGGAGGCCCCUUGCAAUCACAUUCGGCCCCUAUCCUUGGCGGCGCCCGCCGCGGCGCUCAGCCACGCCAACGCCCGGGUGGGGCUGAGGGUGACGUUUCGGUUCCUGAGCAGGCACCUCGGCCCAGAUGGCGCCUCGAGAUUGUCUCAAGGUGGCAUUGACCAAGGCCUCGCUGAUCUCGUAGGGCCUGGAGGCAGGCUCGUCUUCGAACACCUUCAAAGGCUCAGUGGUAAGCCGGGCACCCUCCUUGGAUGGAAAUCCAACGGUGUGGGUCAUGGUGAAAGCCAAACCUUGAACGAAGCCUGGUGUCGCAUCCGCUUCGACACGGGUGAGCAAGAGGACCUUCCCAUGGAAGACUGUUGGAUUCUGCCAGCUGCUCAAAACCAGGUAACGGGAGGCGCGGGAGGAGGUGCUUCGAUGCAGCACAGCCAGGCCCGAGGCCCGCAGCUGACUGGGGCAAACGCGCGAGUUGGGUUGAGGGUGAGCUUUCAGCUUCUGAGCCACGCUGGAGCACAUGCUUCAAGCAUGGUGCCUGCCAUGAGUCACAUGCUCGGGGAAACUGGGCAAGCCCUUGGUGCCCACCUUGUCAAGCUCGGCGGCUCUCCAGGAACUCUCUUGGGCUGGAAGGCAAGUGGUAUUGUACACGGCGAAGGCCAGAACUGUCCUGAAGCCUGGUGCAAAAUCCGCUUCGACACUGGUGAGACGCACGCUCUUCCAAUGGAGGACUGUUGGAUUCUGCCUGAUGCUCCGGCGGCUCCGGCGCCGGUGCCUCUCACAGCUCCUGUUGCUCCCUCACCGGCCCCCACACGAGCAGAGCCUUGGUACGACCUAGCCGAGGAUCCAGAACUGAAGUGGGCGCUGGAACUGAGCAUGCAAGAAGCGCCACCCAAGCAGCCGACGCAGCUCGAGAAGCUGCUCGGCGACCAAGUGGCGGAGGUGGAUCUUGCUUAUUUGGUCAAGUGCACGGAGACGUGGUGCGAAGACCGAAUGAUUGGGGAGGGAGCAUAUGGCAAAGUCUACAAGGGUGUGGACCCGGACGAUGGUGAAGCCGCACGUUUCGCGGUGAAGCGGCAGUGGUGUUCGGACGACGACAUCGAAACUCGCCAGCGUCUGGAGCGAAUGAAUCGGGCCGAGAUCGACACGCUGACGCGUAUCACGCACCCGAACAUCAUCCGCCUCCUCGGCUACAGCAAGGGCCAGGAAGACAUGGUGCUGAUCUAUGAGUUUGGGGAGCAGGGCAGCCUGGAGAGCGCCUUGCAAGAAGACGCGCUUGCAGCGAAGCUGGAUUGGGCUUUGCGCGUCAGGAUUGCACGUGGAAUCUUGGCAGGCGUCCAGCACUUGCACAAACAGCAGUUCUACCACCGGGAUGUCAAGCCGAGUAACAUCGUCCUCAUGGAAGAUUUCGCCCCCAAGCUGAACGACUUUGGGUUGUCCAGGUCUUUCCGGGAGGCCGAGUCCUCGGACGAGGUCCCGGAGGGGACGCCUGAGUUCAUGUGCCGGCAGUAUGUGAGCACCCGCAAGUUCGACGAGAAAAGCGAGGUCUAUGCGAUCGGGGUCACCAUCCUUCAGCUUGUCACUGGGAUGCUCGAGUUUUUGAACGGCAGCCCGUCACUGGCAGACCUCCUGGAGGAGCUGGAGGAGGAGGAGGAGGAGAGCCUGGCUCAAGCAAGUAUCCGCGAUGCUCACGAUGAACGCCCCAACUGUGACUUUGGUAUGCCGCUCGUGGAGUCCUUGGCAGGCUUGAUCGUGAGUGCUGCUGCCCCAUAUCCGUCCCGCUCGCUGCUGGAGCCACUCUGCCACCAAGCUGAAGAAGCAGUAAAGAUUGCAGAUGCGCUCGCGGCCAGUUUCGAGCGAGGGACGACGAGAUGCAGGCUGGUCAGCGAUGAUGUUGAACAGAUUGAUUUCGAGUACGUGACAAGCUGUACACAGAACUGGGCCAAAGACCAACUCCUGGGGAGGGGUGCUUUCGGUGAAGUUUACAAGGGUGUGGACACUGGCGAGGGUGGCGCAACGCUGUUUGCCGCAAAGCGUGUGGAUUGCCAAGACGAGGAAAGUCGUCAGCGCCUGGAGAAAAUAACUGAAACCGAGAUCAGAAUUUUGUCGCAGUUCACUCACCCCAAUAUUAUCCGGCUGCUCGGCUACAGCAGGGGGCAUGAAGUCCUUGUGCUGCUCUACGAGUACCAAGAGCAGGGCAGUUUGCAGAUGAACCUGGAAAAAGAUGAUCUGGCGCGGCAGCUUCUGUGGCAAUCGCGGGCCGAAAUUGCACGUGGUGUCAUCGAGGCCAUUCACUUUCUGCACACCAGUGACCCAGAAGGUGUUUGCUAUCAUCGAGAUGUAAAGCCAGGAAACAUUGUGCUCACCAGCCAGCUGCAGCCCAAGCUAAUUGACUGUGGAUUAGCACGCCUGCUGCCGCCUAGUGAGAAGACGCUUCGGGCAACUACAGGCUUCCCCGUGAUUGGGACACCCGGGUUCAUGUGCCCAAGAUACAUGAGGAGUGGAUUGUUCGAAGAAAAGAGCGAGGUCUAUGCGAUCGGGGUCACUCUGCUUCAGAUCAUCACGGCCAUGCUGGAUUUCUCAGAUGAGACGCUGACCUCUCUGUUGAAUACAAAGGGCACGGAGCAGUCCAAGAAAGUGGUCGAGGUGCAUGACUGCCGCCCUCACUGUGAGGAGAAGGAAAGCUGGAUGAUACAGACUAUGGCAAACAUGGUUGCGCAAGCCACUGCCGUGCACCGCACCCGGUGUUUGCUGGAACCGUUGCGCAACGAAGCUGAAGGCCUUUGCAGCCUUAGUGGUGAUGAUCACCACGACACUUCGGGAUGA